AUGCCAAAGAUACAGGAAAUAGAAGAUAAAGAGGAAGAGAUCAUCUCUGUUGUGGAUGGAGAUCAACAACCAACGUGGCAACAGAUUGCUAAUACCUCGUUGAAACAACCAUCCACUUCAUCGUUGUUAUCUAGAAACUCAACGAAAUCUACAAACUCUACAAAUUCAUCUUCAUCAUACACUUUGAAAUCAGUCAAACAUGACGAUGAAGAAGAAGAGGAGGAAGAUGAUGUUGAAGAUGACGAAGAUGAAGAAGAGGAAGAGGAAGAUGAUGUUGCUGAUCAAUUAGAUGAUAAUAACAAUAUUGAACAACAACAACAACAAUCAAAUGAGAAUAGCAUCGAACAACAACAACAACAGCAACAACAGUUUGAUGUUGAUCAUUCUAAUAUUGUUAAUAAUAGUAACAUUGAAAAGAAAAAGAAGAAGAAAAAGAAGAGAUCUUCUGCUACCUCUCCUUCUAUCAAUAACAAUGUCGAUAGUAACAAUAAUAAUCAGCAACAACAACAGCAGAUUAAACAAUCACCACCUUUUGCAGCACAACAACAACAACAACAAUCAGUAAAAUCUAAAGAGAAAAAGAUGAAUACUGGUUCACAAGAGGUUGACAAGCAGUUGUUACGUGAGUUCUGGAUCAGUUUGACUGAGGAUGAACGUAGAGAGUUAGUGCGUCUUGAGAAGGAAUCACUGCUGAAAAAGAUGAAGGAUCAACAGAAACACACUUGUUCAUGUAGUGUCUGCGGUCGAAGACGUGUCGUCAUCGAAGAGGAACUGGAGAUGCUCUACGACUCCUACUACGAGAAGCUAAAGUACUACGAAAAGAUGAACGAUAAGGUGUCCUAUUUAAUCGAUCUUAAAGAUAGUCAGCAACAACAAGCACAACAACAAGCACAACAGUUUCAACAACAAGCGCAACAACAGCAACAACAACAACAACAACAAGUUGGUCAACCAUCUUCACCACCUCAACAACAGCAACAACAACAACAACAACAACAAACUUUAUCUUCACCAGCACCAGCACAAGCACCACCACUGACAACAACAACAACAACACCUAAUCAACAACUAAAGGUGGAUCUGAGUAGUAGUGAUACCCUUGGUGGUGCUCGAUCCACCUCCAAGGCAUCGAUACAUUUUUCAACUCACAAGCAAAUCAUAAAGUCAAAGAAUGGCACUACCAUUAGAACUACUUCCACUUCAUCAUCGGAAGAGGAUUUCCUGAAAAAUGAAGGUAAACACUUUAUCGAACUGAUGGAGAAGCUGGCAGAGAGACGUGUGAGAAGAGAGGAGAUAUCGGAGCAGAUCUUUGACGAUUCCAAUUCACCUUCGAUCCUGACAGAGGAUGACAUGAACAUUAGAAUCGAGGAGACACGCGCUUAUGGUCAUGCCGGUCACGGUGGAAAGCACCACAUCAGCAUGAACAUAAACCUGAACAAUGGCAACAUGAUCAACGGAAGCUACACUUCGACAACCACGCGACAUCACCACAGUGGUGGAAUGUCAACGACAACCACUCAUAAUCAUCACACUCUAGGUCAGAGUCAUGGUCAUCACACUCUAGGUCAGAGUCACAGUCAUCUUAAUAGCAAUAAUAAUAACAAUACUCUGCAACAGCAACAACAACAGCAGCAGCAACAGUUACACUCCCAUCAACAUCAUCACCAUCAUCAUCAACAACAACAACAACAUGCACAUCAACAUGGUCAUGUAUACGGACACACCUCUCAGCAACAUAAUCAUAUUCAUCAUCAGCAUGUCGAUGGUUACUCCUCGGAAGAUACCAACGACGAUGAUGAAGAUAUAGAGUAUGAUGAUGAUGAAGAGGACGAUGACGAAGACUAUGAUGAAGAGGAUGAGGAUAAUGAAGAGAUCAAAGGCGAUGAAUAUGAGAUUCAUGACGAAGAGGAGGAAGAUGACGAUGAAGACGAUGAUGAUGAGGAAGAUGACGAUGAUGAAGACGAUGAAGACGAUGACGACGAUGAUGAAGAUGAUGAAGAGAAACAAAUGGAAGAAGGUAGAAAAAUGUUCCAAGUCUUCGCUUCUAAAAUGUUUGAACAAAGAGUAUUAACUGCUUAUAAAGAGAGAUUAGUACUGGAAAGACAAAAACAUUUGUUGGAAGAGGAAGAAGAGAAUGAAAGAAAAGAAAAACUAUUGAGAGAGCAAAAGGCAAGAUCAAAGAAAGAGAGAAUCGAGAAACAGAAAGAAUUGGUACAGAAACAAAAGGAAGAGAAGGAGAGAAAGCAAAAGUUAAAGGAAGAGGAGCUACGAAUGAAAAAGCUGGAAGAGCAAAAGAAAAUGGAAGAGAAGCAACGUGAAAGACAAAAGAAGAAGGAGGACGAAGCCAGAAAGCGUGAGGAAGAAAGAGCCAAGGCUGCCGAGAAACAACUUGACCCCAAAGCUCACGAAAAGUCUGAGAAGAAGAAGCGUCAAGAGCAAGCCAACCGUGAGGCAGAGCUGAAGAAACAACAACAGCGUCUCGACAGAAAUAAGAAGGCACUUGAACAAUCGAAGCAACAGACCACCGCUGUCAAGGCACUUGUAAUCCUCCCAGAUGCUCAACAUCAAGCUCAACAAGCAGCUCAGCAGCUAGCUCAACAACAAGCAGCUCAGCAACAGCAACAAGCUCAACAGCAACAAGUUCAACAAGCUCAACAACAACAACAGUCUGUAGCCAGUAUUCCUUCCACACCUAUUGUUGUCGGCCAACAACCUCAGGUAUUGGUUCAACAAGUUCAAGUACAACAGUUACAACCACCACCAACAAUCAUUCAACCUCAACAACAUCAACAACAACAACAACAACCACAGUUCCAAUUCAAUCAGACUGUUCAACAAAUCCCAAGUCAACAAACACCAACACCAUCAGCACUGCCACCAACAACACCAAACAAAUUAAAACAAUCUACACUCAGUCCAAAAUCACCAAACUUUGUACCAAUGAUUCAAAGACUUAAUCUACAAAACACACCACCCAUCCCAAUGGUUCUACCAAAUCAAUCAGUAAAUCAAUUAUUGAAACCACCAGCAUCACCUACAAUCCAACAAACUUCAUUUAAUUUCCAACCUGAAAUAUUUAAUCCUGUAAGUGAAUUCCCAAUGUUGUCACCUUCAAUCAAUGGAAAUCAACCAAAGACAUCACCGAUGAGUGGUCUUCCUUUAUUCCCAUCGAAUGCCACCGAUAGCUUCUUGAAUGGUUUCCAAAGCAAUUACAUUGACAACAAUGACGAUGAUAUCGAUUCGAUUCUACAUAAUAUUCAUGUGCCACAGGCCAAUUCUUUGGAUAUUGGGGACAAGUUUUCGAAAUCAAUGAAUAUAUCUGAUAUCGAUGAUGAGGAAAUGUCAUCUGCAUCUGCGUAUUUCUUGAAGCAGAAUGGCAACAUCAUGAACAAUGUUAUCAGUCCAAAGAUUGAUCCCUACAUGAUGCCUCAGUAUAAAUCAAAGUCGAUUGCCUUCCACGAUCAGCAAAUCGAUUAUAUCAAAUCUGGUUUCGAGAGAAGCACAUACCCAAUGGGAAUCAAUGGUGCUCAACAGACCAUUACCACCACAACUACCAUCACAACCACAACGCCACCAACAACUGUCCACCCACCCAACGGAACUUCACUUAGUUUUAUCUCUGGUAACCAUUAUCUAUCGCAACCUCCACAAUCACCACAGAUGCAAUACAAUAGUAAUCAACUUGGCAAUAACAAUAAUGCUCUGAAUGGAUAUGGUAGUUCUUGGGAUAAUUCUCUGAAUAACAGUAACAACAACAGCAACAACAAUAACAAUGGUAGUUACCUUCCAAAUUUCUAUCUUGGUACAGCCAACAACAAUAACAACAAUAAUACUCAGAGAAACGUUUCGAAUGAUGGUAAUAUCUACAAUAAUAUUAACAACCUCAAUCAACUUGGAAUGCCCUCCUCAGCUCCAAUGAAUCAACAUUUCGCUAGAUCCAACAUUCCAACCUCGCCUAUCUUGGACAAUAGUAAUGCAUUCUUCCUCUCAAAUAAUCUUCCAUCGCAAUAUGUAAAUACUUUCUUGCAACAACAAGAUCAACAGUCUCAAGCUUCACGAUUCGCCAAUCUAUUUUGA